AUGGCCCCAUCGUUGAGAGACCAUGCGUCUUUCGUCCGCCCUUCGACCAGGGAUCGCCCCAUGACCAGAGACCAAGGAGAUACUUCUCUCGUCAUCCCAAGUCGAACUUCCUCGCUUCAUUCGCGGAUCACUCAACCCAUUCCUUCGACUUUGAAUAUGAAACCAGCUCAGCGAACUCCAAAAACCCUCACCCACGCCUACAUGGUAUGUGGCGUUGGCCGCGAACCUUCGCAAUGGGUCAAGGCUCCCCCUCCCGGCCAGGGGAAGAUCGGACACAUGAAGUGCGCUGUUGGUCAAUUCUGGUUACCAGAGAUCUUGGGCAGUAGUCCCAGACUAGAACAGGAUAAUGAGAUUGCUAGAGCUCUACAUUCUGCCAUGAGAGCUUGUUUCCCUCAUGACGUUGAAAUCUGCACGGGCAAGAACCAACCUCAUUGUGUACACCAUUCGUUUGUUCUCCAGCAGGAUUCUUCUCACACCCUCUACGGUAUUGCGCUGCGUGUGUGGUCUCGAGCAGAUGAGAAACGUGCGGAAACCAUUCGCGAGCUGCGUAGGAAAACGGAGUCCGACUUUUACGAUACCCCAGAUGAAACGUACUGGAUACCUUACUGUCUAAGUUUCUUGUCCAGGUACCCCCUUUACAACCUUCUUGGAGAUUACCUGCGUGGCAUGUGGAUCCAUUGGAACAAGGCCACCAAUCUUUUCCAUGCCGAAGAAGUAUCCCGCAUUCUCAGCUUCCCAGCUCCACGACUCAACGACUUGGUUCGGAUUGACAUGAAGGACUAUGCUUUAUGUUAUCAAUUCCCUUCCUCCCCAACUGGGUUCCAGAAUUUCGCCAUGUGGCCAUUGUUCAACUGCUUGUCCAUCCCCAAUAUUGUGGGCGUUAUUGAAGCCGCCGUUUCUCCCACCCGUCGCAUCAUAUUCGUCAGUCACUACCCAGCCAUGCUAACUGCCGCCGCGGAAACUAUUCGAUUCUGUGUCCGUGUGUACGAAUGGAGUGGUCUCUACUGUCCUGUUGUCCAUGCCCGCCACGCAAAGGAGCUUGUUCAAGAACCCGGUCCAUACAUCCUUGGUGUAACUGCAGAGUGCAAGACUCUCUUUACUGCACCAUCUGAUGCCCUAGUGGUUGACUUAGAUCGCAACUUUGUGUUAACUUCCAGCCCGCCAAACAUUUUGACACCUGGUCAGAGAACUAAAAUGAUCAAUCGCUUGACUCAGUCUCUAAAUGGAGAUGUUUCCCAGUCCGGUGUUCCUCAACACCUCCGAUCAGCCUAUGGAGGGGGGAAAUUAAUCCCUGCUGGCCAGAUUAUUGUGAUGCGUGGUGAAGUUGAAAGUGUCCAGGAUCCGGAUUGGUGGAAUCAGGAUGGCGUUAUGGCUGUCAUGGAUCAUGUCUGCGAAAAAUUGGGCCGAAACACUGGAAUGAAGGCUCUUUUCGGAGGCGCCGUAAAGAAACCACUGAUGACUAAAGUGUCUAUGAGACACCUGAACGAAAUCGUUCGUGAGCGUAACCAGUACUCCCGGGAUGCCAUGGAAGCAUGGCAAGAUUUCAUUAACCUCAAAGGCAGAAUGGAUACCGAGCUCUCCAAGGUUACAAAGCGAAACAACUUUUUGGUCGAGGAGCUGGAAACAUGGAAGCAGCAGUUCCUCAAAUUCCAAGCAUUUGCUGAGCAGCUUACAAAGGAAACUUCGGAGCUUAAGGUCAAGAUCGAAUCUCAUAAACGUGAGAACCGCCGCCUCACUGGCCUUAUCGAUCAGCAGAAGGAUGACGCUGCCCGUCUUACCCUUCGUCUUUCUGGAACUGAGAAGCAGAGAGAUGAUGCUCUUGAAGCUUUGGUCCUCCAGCAAGAGAUUGCUGAGGAGCUAGAACGUGAGAGGAAACGCAACACUAAAGAAAUCAGUGCUCUGCAACACACGAGCGAUACCAUGCUGCGUCAACGAGAUGAAGCACAGCGUGUGGUCCUCCAUCUUAGAAGUCUAAUCAAUGGCCAGGCCCAUCACAUGGAACACAUCGUCCGUUCUCUCUCAGAUACCCCAGAACUCUCUGGGUUCAUCCAGGAGGGUUAUGACGACAUACGAGAAGAUAAUGAGGCCGAGGACCACGACAUCGCAGAAGCCAGUCCAGUUCGACCAGGUUCUCAAAUGAGGUCUACAUCCAGACUCCCCAGCCGCGCCAGCACCAUUGAUGGCGAAGACGUCACUCCAGAAAUGGAGCAACACCUGCUGAACCCCAAACAUAGCAAACGCUACUCAACCCUGAGCAUGUCCGACGUCGCUGACAGACACCUGCGAGACAAAACCGACGCCAUCGCCGAUAUUAUCCGGAACAUUUCUGAUCAAUGUGCCGCAGCCGUUGAAGGCCUCCAUCUUGCCCAGGACGCCGAGUUCGACAAUUCCCUCCGGCUCCAGAGCGGCAAGGAUAACCGGAACGGCAACCUCACCCCCACCGACGAACAUGACCGCGAACAUUCCGUCCGCACUGAGGGUAGCGAAGCGGGAGAUAACGACGGUAGCUUCCUCAGUCCCGAUGGACGCAUGUCCAGCAUUCCUCCCACACCGGAUCUUGUGCAUAAUCGCUCCAGCACGUCGAUGUCAAUGAUUAGCAGUACGACGAUUCCAGAGCGGUCGAGCCAGCAGUAUGGCCCUGGCGAGCUACCGACGAAGAUUGUCGAGGAUGAUGAUGAGCGGACGUAUGAGAUGGAGGCGCAGAUUGAGAGUAAUGGAGGCGUUGUUUCCAAGCAGGCUGAGCAAGGGAUUUUGAGAGGAGAAGCAGGAAGGAUUGUUGAAUGA